UUAUUGGAUAUUAUAAGUCACAAAGAAUGAAUGCAUCUGUGCCAGCCAUUGAGAAUGAUUUUGACUCAUGUCACCAAUUGUCUCCAGUCUUCAUUGGUGUUUACCGUCCCGAGGACCCCAACCUGGAAGUCUACUCUAUCACUGUGCCCAAGUUUUAUCCUUGUUCAUCACUGUUUGAACUAUCUCUAAUUGUCGCAAAAAUUUUCCAACUUCAAUAAUCCCUUGAGUCUCUUACAUGUAUAUGCAGAUUAUCACACCCAUGCUCUUGAACUGCAAUUCUGUCCAUCUUAACAACUCGAUAUUAUUUUAGAAAAGCGUUAAUGUUGUUAAUAAUUAUUAUUCUUCAAACAUUAUGUGUAUAUAAAGCUGUAAAGUUAAGCGAGGAAAUUAUCAAAAAAGAAUAUUCUUCACUCACUGCCUUUUUUCUGCCUUCUAAAGUAACAAGUUUUAUCAAAAUUAAAAUGACAUUUUUAUUGAUUAAUAAUCGCUUAAUAAAAAACAUUCUUUUCAAUUCAUAUAGUGAUCCAGUUGGGACAAAUCUAACGGAUAAUGCAGAUUCAGAUGAAAUUCCACUUAGUACUCUUCGACGAUUUAUUGCUUAUGCACGUGAACGUUGUGGACCUCGUUUAUCUGAAAAAGCUGCAGAAAAAUUAUCAAAUCAAUAUGUUCUCAUGAGAUCUGGUUCUACACGAUAUGAACAGGAGACUGGUAAACGAUGUGCUAUUCCUAUAACAGUAAGACAACUUGAAGCAAUCAUACGAAUUUCUGAAUCAUUGGCUAAAAUGCGUCUAGCUGCUUUUGCUACAGAAUCUGAUGUUGAAGAAGCCUUACGACUAUUUCAUGUAUCGACAUUAGAAGCUGCUAUGACUGGAAGUCUAGAAGGUGCUGAAGGAUUUACAACACAAGAAGAGCAUGAUCUUAUUCUACGUGUAGAGAAACAGCUGAAGAAACGAUUUGUUAUCGGAAGUCAAGUGUCAGAAUAUGCUAUUGUACAAGAUUUUACACGACAAGUUGAUUUACAUUUCCUGUUGAUUGAUUGUGCUGGACCGAAACACUGGAUCCAUGUCGACAUGUUGUUUCUUAAUACAGCCACGCUUUGACUGUCCUAUGACCAAUGUAAAGUUAUUUUGGUUGAUGUUGAAUUGACAGUGGAAUCCUGAAUGCAUAUCUCAUCUUACUUGGCUUUGGCGUUUCAAACGAUGGUUGCAAGGUUCCAGUCCCAGUGGGGGGAACACCGUCGCUAAAUAGGAGUGCAGGCACAUUGAGAUGAUGAGUUCCAAAUAGUAGGGUGAAAUGCGCAUCCUGGAUUCCACUGAGGUUAGAAAAUAAUUUCGGUUUACUAUUCCGUUCAUUUACUACACCUUGUACACUCCCUGCAUAAUACCUGUCUGUCUGGAUUCAACAUAGAACUUGCCACCGAAGUGCAGCAGUUCGAGUUGCCACCUUCCAAAUAGCACACAGAGGUAGACAAGAAGAUGAGUGAAGAGAAUCAAUACAGUCUGACAAGUAUAAGAGUGAAAUAGAAUGGGUAGUGGUAGAAAGGAA